ACCAUCUAUCUUAUUAUUAUCAUCAUUAUUAUUUUAAAUUGGAAUAAACUUACCUUUUUUUUUUAGAACUAUUUUUUUAUUAAUUAAUUAUGUCAAAUCUUCCUCGUUUCGGCCGUACAUGGAACCGCUUCUCUUCUUUGCCCCGUCCCAGUACCGCCGCCCGCCAAGAAACUCAACCGGCCUUCACGGCGGCCACGGAGCCGGAAGUUUUUCCCUCGGCUGUACCAACCACUAAUACUCUUCAAACUUCUCCCGUAAAACAAAGAACCUCUCGUCUUUCAUCUCCGGUUAAAAAAUUUCCCUCGCCGCCGUCUUCUCCAAAAUAUAGCGGCGCCACCGGCACCAUUUCGCCUCGUAAACCACUAUCUCCACCUUCGACGUACAACCGUUACGAUGGUGAACGCCGGACUAGUGCCACAACAUCUCCCAAAACCUUCAAACCCACCUAUAUCUCUCCCCCACCGUCUCCGCCCAAGCCUAAACAUUCUACCGCUGCCACCGUUGUUGCACCACUCUCUCCUCUGGCUCUGCCGCGAUCGGAGGUGAGACGUGAACCUGAACGCUCCAUUCGACCUCGGAGCCCGCCGGAGAUCGAACAAAAAAAGAUCCUUUACCAGACGACAACAACCGAGAAGCCAACGAAAACCGACUACCGGCAAACAGAUCAGUAUGGGACGAGUAAACCCCAGCAGAAGCAGCACCAUCAGCAGCUGCAAAGUGACGUAAUAAACAUAAAAGGGGACAACGUAGGGGCAGUGAUGCACAUCACGCAAUCAUCUGAUGGCUCGGAAAUACUAAAGAAAAAGCCAAGCGUUGGACAGAGCAAGGAAAAUGAAGAGAAAACAAACAAAUCAAAUUCAAAUUUUCCAGGAAAGUCGUUUAUGAACAGCAAUUUUCAAGGAGUUAACAAUUCUAUUCUUUACAAUUCUUCUUUAAGCCACCGCGAUCCAGGCCUCCAUCUUGCUUACAGCUCCAAGAACCCUAAACAUGGCGAUUCAAUUCAUGAGUCAAGGCACUAAAGUAUAUAUGGACCGAUUAUUAUAUAUAUAUAUAUAUAUAUAUAUAUAUAUUACUUAAGCUGCUGAAAAAUAAUUAUAAAUAUAAUAAUAAUAAUAAUACAACGAUAUCACAGCAACAAUAUAAUAAUUAUUAUUAUACCAUUUUAUGUUGAUAUUUAUAUUUAUAUCUUCAUGUGGAACAUGUAUUGCCAUUCUAUAAAAAUUAUGUAAUUGUUGGCUUAACUAUUUGGAAACUGAGUUAUUAAUAAUAAAAGAGCUACGUUGAGAUUUA